AUCCAACUCCUCUCUUCCACCAACGUACGCCAGUACACUCACUUAGCAACGCAGAGAGAUCGAUCUCGUCAGAUCAUCGAUGGCGGCUAGCAGCAAGGCCACCGCCUUCCUGGCCCUGGGCGCGUUUGUGGUGGUGUUGAUGGCGGCGGGGGAGGCGUCGGCGGCGGUGACGUGCGGCCAGGUGGGAUCGUCGCUCGCGCCGUGCAUCCCGUACGCGACGGGGAAGUCGGCCACGCUGUCGCAGGGGUGCUGCAGCGGCAUGAAGAGCCUCAACGCCAUGGCCCGCACGAGCGCCGACCGCCAGGCGGUGUGCCGCUGCCUCAAGAGCCUCGCCGGCAGCGUCAAGUCCGUCGACCUCGGCGUCGUCGCCGGCGCGCCCGCCAAGUGCGGCGUCAGCGUGCCCUUCCCCAUCAACAUGUCCACCGACUGCAACAAAGUUAACUAGAUGGGAUCAGUCGAUCAACGACUUCCUAGUUCCUACGCGUGCAAGAUUACGAAUCACUAUUCACUAAGAUGAAAUAAAACGUGCGUGCGUGCAUUCAUGUGUGUUGCACGUACACAGUACGUACGUCUGAUGUGUCGUGAUGUACGUGUACCGGUGCAGCUGCUUCCGGUUGCGCGUAUUUCAACUGUGAACUCCUACUAGUGAUCUGUGGUUAUGUACUCGUACUUCAGUGUUUUAUCGACCUAAUCCUACUUGAUGGGUGAAUUAAUAUAUAUACUCCAAGUCAGUAAUUUUCUUAUCA